AUGGCAGAGAAAGGAGGCUCGCCAGCAGAGACACCACUGCGCGGCAAAGGGAUCUCGGAGCGUCCUCCUCCUCCUGGCGAGCCUGGCGGUGCUACUGGUGGCAGGGCUGAUCGCUCACGCUCGCCACCACAGGGACAGGAAGCAGACCUGGACGCCUACGCCACUAUGGCCUACGUGCAGUCCCUCCAGUCAAAGAUCGAUGCGAUGGAGACCUCAAUCGAGGAGUCCAUCAACGCCACUGUCACCACCGUGGUCGGCUCCGCGACCAACCCCAUCUCGCUGGCGCUCAAGGCCGCCCAGGACGGCAUCGACGGGCUUGGCGCCAAGAUCGAGAAGAACGUCCACCUCGCCGUCGGCCAACAGAUCGACUCCACGAGGAAGCACUUCCAGCAGAUGCUCGACGCGUUCAACAUCCGCGUCGGCGAGGUCGAGGCCAAGCAGGAGAAGACUGACAAAGCCAUCGAGCUCAUGGCGGAGCAGAUCAAGGUCUUGCAACGCGAGCUCGCCACAGCCAACCAGCAGCCGAUCAAACAGCAGUACAUCGGGCGCGACUUCGACCGCGAGAUCGACGCCACCAUCAUCAAGGUCCACGCCGACGGCCUCGUCACCCUGGCCAAGGCCACCGAGUCCCUCACCAAGUUUGUGGCGGGCUGCGACAUCCGCGAGUCUGACUUCACUGUCACGGGCAAUGACACUGCCAAAUUCUUCACUAUCAAGUUCACGGGCCUCCCUGGCCCCGCCAGCCGCCGAGUGCAGAAGGUCCUGGACAGCAUGCGCUCGUCCAACGGCACCUGGGUGCGCAUCUACGCCGACGCUGUCUCGGGCCACGGGGCGGUCGAGCUGCGGAUGGGCCCCGACAAAUCGCCGAAGCAGAUCAAGACGGAGAUCGUGGGGAAGCGCCUCCGCCAGGCCAUGGAACGCGAGUUCCCGAACCACGUCUGGCGAGUGGACCGCGCCAAGGCAUGGAUCACAGCAGGCUGGGCCCCCGUCAUCGCGUACAGCGUCCGCCCAGGCAGGGACGAGCCGACCAUCCUCACGUUCCAGGACACCGGCCUGCCCGCGCUGGGCAUCGACCGCGCGACGCUCAAGAACGCAGCCAGCCUGGCGCGCAGCCAGAAGCGUCUCCUCAGCGGGCCGUCGCCCUGCCUAGCAGUCGGCACGUGGAACGCCCGCGCUCUCUUGGGCUACCAGGGCAGACGCGUCGUGGAGAAGUCCUCGUACCUCAAGUCCAUGCCGCUGCGCAAGAUGGUCUUGGGCAUCCAGGAGGUGCACCAGAACCACGGCCAGCUCCUCGCCUUCAUGCGGAAGAUCGACAGCACCCUUGACAUGCACUCCUCCUUCGCUCCUGGAUAUCAUGGCACUAUCAGUGGCGGGGUAGCCGCUGUGUUCCCAGCUGAGAUGAACGCCGUGAGCGACCCCAUCUUCCCUGGCCGUGUCCUACGCUCUGUCUUCCGUGCUGGCGACCAAGUGAUGAUCUUCUACAAUAUCCACAAUUACGACCUCAGCAACGCCACCAUCCAGAACAUCACCUCGCGCAUCAACAACGACCUACAGUGGGUGAGGUCUGACCCGAGCCGCAAUGUCAUGUUCGUCACUGGUGAUUUCAACUUCUCCGCCGUCGGGGAGCUGAAGCUCCUGGGCCCCGUGGCAAAGGGCAACUCGAACCCAUCCGAAACGUCCAAAGCAUCGGCGCGCAAGUGGCACCACGCCCUGAAGCACCUAGUGGAGAUCGACAGCGCCGACACUACGCACUACUGCUCCGAGACGAAGGCCGAGACCACCAUUGACAGAUGCUUCUGCUCGUUCACCCCCACGCAGAUGAUGCAACUGGCUGUUACGUCCUCCACCUUCUCCACACCCGAAGAUCUCUCACGCCGUCGAGUCAGUGACCAUGCCGCCCUCUUCGUCUCUUUCACGAUGCGUGACGCCAAACCCUCGCCGAACCAGCCGAUCGCCCAGUACAUUGUCAAGUCCCCCGUCUUCAAAGAGAUUGCCGACAACGUGUUCGCCGCCUCCCCCAUGGACAACCUAUCCCCGCCGACCAAGCUGAUUCUGACCACCGACCUCCUCCGACAAAUCGCACGUGAGACUCGUGACCGUCUUCAUGAAAUGCAACCGAACAGUGGCGACGUGCUCUUCCAGGUAGCGAAGUCGAUCUCUCGGGCGGUCUGGCGCCAAGACCGUCAACUCGCUGCUCGCCUCCUUCGCUCGCACCUAGUCGCGAAAGAACAUAUCCAGAUCAACGGUGACAGCGUUGAGCUCAUCGACCAUGCAAAGUUCGAGGAGUGGGCAGGCGUCCUUUUCCGCCAAGAUGCUGAACAGCGUCUCGCAGUCAUCGACCAAGCAGUUCAGCGCGGGCGCCUACGACCCGCUCAAGCGCGUGGACAAACCCGAGCAUUGCAUCGGAAGCUCAAGCUCUGGAACCCGCUCAGCAAGCGUCUGGUUCUGACGGGGGUCAAGAUUUGUGAGGGCACCGUGACGGGCCCCAAUGAACGUCUCAAGAAACUUGUCGAGCACUGGCAGCCCGUCUUCGAGGGCAAGACCGUCGACUUGACAAAGGCCGCAGCCUACCUGAACCAGUUCUCACCCACCAUCAAUUUCUCCAAGUACAAGCCGCCAGACUACGAGACGCUCAAGAAGUUCGCCAAGCGCUCGUCACCUACCUCGCCAGGCCUUGACGGGCUACCGUACCUCGCCUGGUCCGCGCAUGAGAAGUGCACCGAGGUUCUCUGGGACGUCAUGUGCUACAUGCUUAACGGCGGGAUCCUCCCCGACGAAGUGAACGCGACCGUCCAAGCCUUCUUGCCCAAAGGUGAGGAACCAGAGGACUCGGAACACAACGGCUGCCAUCGAGACCCGUCCAAAGUCCGUGUCCUGGGACUGCGCAACACGUCCCUCAAGAUCAUCAGCAGCGCGAUGAAUGCUGCGACGGCAACGGCGGCAGCUGAUGUAGUACCAGCCUCACAGCGCGGCCUCAUCCACCGGCGCAACUUUGGCUACAACAUCCUCGAGCUCGACGCCGAGAGCCGCAUUGCCUCGGCCGACCCUGACGCCCAGAACAUGCUGCCCGUGCUGGUGUCGCUGGACAUCGCGCAGGCCUUUCCCAGCUUCGCCCACCAGUUCAUCCGUCUGGCGCUCAAAGCCAUGGGCGCUCCUGAAGCGGUCCUCAUGUUCUUCGACUCCAUGUAUAACAACAUCCUCGCGAUGGCCCCGUGCGCUGGCCAGUACGUCCCGCUUUUUUGCAUCAGGUCGGGCAUCAUCCAAGGAUGCGGAUGGAGCGGCGCGCUGUAUGCGUUGGGCACUGCAUGCUUCCUGCUCAACCUCGAGACCGUCCUCGAAGCUCAAGGCCGUGGACAUUGUCGGGCAUGCGCUGAUGACCUGGGACUUGUCCUUCGGGCCGUUAUCUACCUCGUCUACCUCGCAGACGUCAUGCUUUGCAUGGAAAUUUUGGCUGGUCUGGAAUUGGAGGCGCCGAAGUGCCACAUCAUCCCCUUGGCAGGCCAGGUCAAUGCUGACCUCAUCCUCAAACUCAAGAACGCGCUGCUUGCCAUUGUCCCGAAGUUCAAGGACUUCAACGUAUGCGACCACCUCACCUACCUCGGCCUCUUGCUGGGCCCUGGCGCCACGGACCAGCUCAUCUACGCGAAGGCCUUCAACAAGUGCCGCUCCCGAGCCAUGGCGCACAGCGCGAGCGACGCGCCAGCCGUCGGAACUGUCUCCCUGUAUAACAGGCGCGCGCUCCCCGUCCUUGGCUACCUUGCCCAGUACGCCUUGCUCCCGCACGAGCACUUCAAACGCGAGAGCUGGAUCAACGCCUCCGUCCUGCGCUUCCCGAAUGGCGCUUGUAGGCUGAAGGACUGGCCCUUUCUGAAGAACUGGGGAGUUCCCGCGCCGAGGUCGCUCCAGCUCAGCAUGAUUGCGACGAUCGUCCGCGCGGCGACCUCGACAUUCAAGAAGUUCACCGAGAUCCGCGUGAGGCUGCAUGAAGGCUUGAACUCCUACGGCAUCCAGCAGACCCUUGAGGGCGCCGCGCGGGGUGUCCUUCAUCUCUCACCGCCGUGGUGGAAGACGCAGGCCUUCGUGGAGACGAUGCACCAGAUCGUGUCGGCCACCUCCGACCACGGAUACUACUCUCGCCAGUUCGUGGCGCCAGCGGUCGAGGCCUCGCGGGCGGCUGUCGCCAACGGGCAGCCUGGCCUUGCUCAGAAGCACGCCUUCGCUUCGGCCUUGGCCACCCGCGGGCCCGACUGCAUCGGACCCUUCCUGCAGGGCCGCAUCGUGAAGGAGCUCCCGCACGCUGGCAUGUUCUUCCUUCACAACCCCUCCAUCAUGAACGACAUCCAGGCCGCCAUGAAGAGACUGCCCCCAUCGUGGGCGACGGCGUGGAUGAGGACACUAUCCUUUUCUUGGCUCACUUCCCACCGCGUCGCCUACCCGUGCGGCAGGCGCCUGUGCAUCUUCGGCUGCGCCAGUGGCCAAGACAAGAUGCGCCACUACCUAGUUUGCGCGCCGCUGGCGCAGGCUGUGGGACGUGCAUGCGGCGCGCCCCCCCUCUCCACCGAGUUCGCGAAGCUCGGACUCACCGACCAGAGCAACGAGAGCGCCGAGUCCAUCGCGGUUGCCUGCCUCACGUACCAUGCGCUCAGGCAGGAGACCCACGUCUCGGCGGAGGCCACCCUGUCGGCCGCGCGGGCGGCCCUGCGGGCCACGAAGACUAUGAAGAAGCCGGGGCGGCGCCUGGACACGGACAUCCACCUACACCUGAUCGGCAUCGUGAGGGAGAUGCCGACGUACUUCAUCCACUUCGGCUCCGUGGAGCCGCCGCUGAUCAAGAUCAGCUUCCAGUUCACGUCCGAGGAGAUGUUUGGCGGCCGCGACGGGCUCGUGUCGCUGUGGGACCUGCGCCGCCAGGCCGACGCGCUGCACAAGUUCAAGCCGUGGGUCACUGACAAGAAGAUACCUUGGGUCGAAAAAAAUGCCCUGGACCACGGCAUCGUGAGCCUGUGCUGGUUUGAAGAUCGAGGCCGCGUGCUGCUGGUGUCCGCCGGCGCAGACCGCUGCGCGCGCGUGUGGGAUCCGUCGCGGAUCGGCGCCACGCAGGACGCCAAGUCGAACUUUCCGCCCGAGCUCGCCUUCAUCCACGCGGCGCACACCGCGCCUGUAG